AUGGCUGGUGAUUGGAGAAUGAGUGCCGAUGAACGUAUGAGGUACGAAGCGUACUUUCAGCAAUGUGGACCAAUGCAAGGUUAUCUCACAGGUGAACAAGCAAGAGACUUUUUCGUUAAAUCAGGUCUACCUGGAGAUAUACUACGGAAAAUCUGGGAUCUAGCUGAUAUAACAACUGACGGCCGUUUAGAUAAACGCGAAUUUGCCAUUGCUUGUUAUCUAAUCGCAUUUCAAGUUCAAAAGAAAGGACCAUUACCGUCAACUCUUCCACCUAGUCUUCUGUCGGAUACAACAGUGGUGACAACAGUUGACGCACCUGCAGCAAAUAAACCUGCCGGUCGACCAAAUAUCUCCAAUCAACAAUUGACUGGACCAAUAACCAAACCAACGGGCGCAACAAGCGUUUCACCUAUUGCAAUAACACCAGCGAACCGAUCGAAAUAUCUCCAGCAGUUUCAUUCCUUACCUGAGGGAAUGAAGACUGGCGGAUACAUCACUGGUUUACAAGCAAAAAAUAUACUUCUACAAACGGGCCUGGCACAUGCUCUUCUCCAUCAAAUUUGGAAUCUAGCAGAUUAUGAUAAAGAUGGUCGGCUAUCAGCUGACGAGUUUGUCAUCGCAAUGCAUUGUUGCGAUAUUGCACGUGCUGGCCUACCAUUACCACCUCAGCUACCUGAAGACUGGUUACAGAUCAGUUCUAUGCAACGCGAACGAGCAGAUACAGGAUCUAAAUCAAUUGAAAAUCAAACAUAUGCUAAUCUUAAUCAGCAGCUUCAAGAAACAAUGACAACAGUCAAUACACCAGAGCCUACUCCAGCAAAUGUCUCGGCUGAAUUGGAAGAAGUGGAACGAAAAUCUGCCUUGAUAACAUACGAAGAGAAACGAUUGAAAAACUACGAAGAUGGUAAUCGAGAAUUGGAACGACGUCGACAAUUAUUACGUGAGCAAGAAGAUCGAGAACAGAAAGAACGUGACGAACGAGAACGUAAACGUGAGCUUGAAUUACAAAAACAUCGAGAAGAACAAGAACGCAAGAAACAAAUGGAAAUCGAACGGCAACUCGAAAAGCAACGACAGAUUGAACACCAAAAAGAAGAAGAACGAAAAAAAUUACAUGAACAACGAGAGGCUGCACGGAAAGAAUUAGAGCGUAAGAAUCGUUUGGAAUGGGAACGUCAACGUAUGCUAGAGUUAUCGUCACAAAAAUCGCGUUUACUCGAACAAAUCAAUGAUUUGAAGUCUCGUGAAAAAGCUUUUGGACUCGAAGUAGAAAGUAUGGAUGAUACUAUGCAAACAUGUCAAACAAAAAUCACUCAACUUGAAACCAAUAUUCAUUCGUUUGAUGAGACAAUUGCUGACAUACAACGGAAUAUAGUAACUGAGAGAAAUAUUUUCGAAAAUAUUGAACAACAAAAAAAAGAACUUCUGGCACAAUUAAAUGCUCUACAAGUAGAACGUGAAUCGCUUGACUCAUCCGUUAAUCAACUUAUUCAGUCGAAAGAAUUCAGUAACGGUAAUCGAGAACAAGAUCAGAUACACUAUUUGCAAAGUCAAAAUGAAGCUAUGAAUGAAGAAUACAUCGCAAUCGAUGGGCUCAUGUCAGUCGCGAAUGAUCAAUGUAAAGAUUUACAAAAUCAAAUGGAGCAACUUCGUCUUCAACUCGAACAGCUGGAGCAAGAAGCGAGAGAAAAGAAACCACCAAGUGAGGUUGCUUCACCAACUAAUCCACCUGCUGAAUUCGCUAAAUUUGAUCAAUUUAAUGCUGAUAUACCUUCUGAGGAUAUAAAUAUGCAAUCUUCUGAUGUUUCUUCUUCAUUACCCGCUGUUGCAUCCGUAGCAACAGUAGCGGAAGGAGAAGCAGAAGCAACAGCGGCAGUAGCAACGACAACAGAAGCUACUUCUCCUCCUCCGCCGCCAUCGUCGUUGUCUACUGACGUCGAUCCAUUUCAAACAGUGGAUCCAUUUGCUUCUCAUUCUGAUCUAGGCUCAGCACCGGAGAAUAGCGACUGGUUUCAACCAUCAGCUAGCGUUGCAGUUUCUGCUGCAGUGGAUCCAUUUGUCGCUAAAAUUGAACCGGUUGAAACUGCCCCUGUCGUAGCAUCACCAAAAGUAAAGAAAGUAGCACCAAAAGCAAAUCCUAGUUUGAAAGAUACUUCAAAACAAUCAUCCACUGUAGAUCCAUGGGGAACGCCGACAAUAAGUAACAAUAAUGAAAAUGCUUGGACACAAUUCGAUAACAAUAAUAAAUCGAAUUCGCCCUUUGGGACAACUAACGAGUGGCCUCAGCCAACACCUGCAACCAAUGAGAAUUCUUCUUCAGAAAUCAUUCAAUAUCGGGUAUUGUAUGACUAUGCACCAGAACGUUCGGACGAGAUGGCCAUGUCAAGCGGAGACAUCAUUAUCGUGGAUCCAACAAAACAACAAGAUGACCAUUGGUUGUUUGGUCGGAUUGGUAAUGAUAAACAAGGGUUCUUUCCAUUAGCGUAUGCUGAACGAAUUCCGUCAACAACAAUGAAUAACUCUAUUGAUGCCACGUCACCACUACAGUCUGGCUCAUGGGUGAUAACAUUAGCUGAAUGUCAAGGAAAAACAGUCGCUAAACAUUUAUCAUUUCAAAAAGAUGAGUUUAUAGUUGUACGAGAACAGAAAGAUGCAACAUGGUACAGUGGAGAACUUCACGGCAAAGUUGGUUGGUUUCCACGAAAUUAUGUUCGACCAGCCACAGAAGUAGAACUAGAAAAUAGGAACAGCUCGCCAAAAACUUCACCGAUCAGUGGAAAAGCUUCCAGUUCGAUUGUUGCUCAGAAAAGUAUAACAACGAAUGAUGUUGAUAGUGAUAAUAUAUAUGAAGCUGUCUAUGCAUACGAAGCCACGGACCCAUCUGAUUUAUCAUUUGAUGUUGGUGAGCGUAUUGUCGUUCUCAAACAUGAUGGUGAGUGGUGGACAGGACAAAUUGGUGAACGCACAGGAGUAUUUCCAAGUAACUAUGUGCAAAAAAUCAGCAAUUUGGAAGAAAUUGCAAUUGCAACUGUACCUUUCGAAAGUACGGAACCAGGUCAGCUGACGCUCGAAAAGGAUCAGAUAGUUCAUCUGACGAAGAAAGAUGAAAAUGGAUGGUAUCAAGGAGAAAUUCGACUUCCUGACCAACCAGUACGUGUCGGUUGGUUUCCUUCUGAUCACGUUCAGAUUCAAACGCCUGUUUCAUCGAUACCGUCUGAUCCGAAUGCAUCAAAUUCGCAACAUUACAUUGCUAUUUUUCCAUACGAUGCUCAACAAGAUGAUGAAUUAAGUUUUCCGGCUGACGCUGUCUUAGAAAUAUCAGAUCCCGAAAAUACUAGCGGCUGGUUCAAAGCCCGUCUCGGCGAUCAAGUCGGUCUAAUUCCGUCGACAUACGUGCAACUUAUUGAUGCUCAUCAUCAAUGUACGUCCGAUGAAAACCAAAUAUAA